CCUGUACCAACCAAAAGUCCGAGACACCGUCCGCUGCUAUUUCUUAGGGGUACACCGCAAGACUAGUACGCCAAGAGGGUUUUGUGCUAUCAUGAUUCCAAGGUCGCCAUUUCAGGACCGGAGUUCACCCCAGCCAACGCUCAGCACUCAGCCCUCUCAAUGCCCACAUAAGUUGCAAAGUAACAUCGGUCCUGGAUGUUCAAUGACGAGCAGCAAGUGCUCGGAGCAUCGCCCGCCGGGGCAGGGCAUUGAGGGAGACACGAACUGGUCCAGAGUUACCCCAAGAACGGAAGGCUAUCCUGAUGUAACCCUGAGCCCAUCAUGGAAGCACAUUGACAUCUUGGCGUCCCCAGGUUCCCGGGAUCCAACUCGCAGCCGCUUGCCCGGAGUUCAGGCUAAAAUCUUUCUAUGGAUGGUUCCGGCUGGGGUUUUCUCCGAUUAUGCACACGUGGGGGGCUGCUUUCUCGGUGGGAGCCCGAAGCUGCGAAGCCUCUACGAGGUAUUCACGGCCGGAUCGGGAUCAAUACGCCUGGAUCAUCGGGAUCGUCCCACCUAGUAGUGUACCAAAAUGUGAAGGGCGGAAACCCGGGGAACAUGAAGUGAAGUUCAUCUGACCAGGAAUCCCCAUCAAGAAAGGGGAUA